AUGUCAGUUUCUACCCUAACUAACGUACGACUCAAUAUAGGUCGUUAUGGUUUGUCAACUAUAAUUGUGCUUGGCAAUAUUAGUAAUAUUUUAACAACCCUUAUAUUCAUACGAGUAUUACGAAAACAGCUCAAUUCAUGUACAAUGUACUUAUUAGCUUCUUCAAUUGCAAAUAUUAUUUUGAUUGAUACUGCAGUUAUUUCCUCACUUUAUGGUAUUGAUCAUCCUGACCCAAUACAUUUAUUAGUCGCUUUCUGUAAAUUGAAAUUUUAUGGACCACACGUGUUAUUAAUGCUUUCAAGAAGUUUUAAAAUAGCUUCCUGUAUUGAUCGAUGGGCUUUGACUUCUUCAAAUGUUAGAAUUCGAUCAUUUUCUCAACCAAAAAUUGCACGUAAUGUUAUCAUUUUUCUUAUGCUUAUUUGGCCAAUUAUUCCAAUAUUCCUGGCUAUCCUCUCAAAUAUUUAUUCUGGUCGUUGUAGUCAACCUUCAUAUUAUGCUUUUCCUAUUUCAAUGUAUUCAUUUAUUUUUGUGGGAUCUCUUCCACCAUUAUUAAUGUUUUUAUUUGGUUUAUUAACGUGGCGUAACUUAAAAGAAAUUCGAUCACGAAUUGCACCUGAAAAUGAUUCUACUCGAUAUCGUUUACAAAGAUGUGAUCGUGACUUGAUGAAAAUGGUAGCUGGUGAAAUACUUGUCUAUUUAAUAACUACAAUGCCUUAUCCUGUUAAUUCACUGUAUGGUAUUAUCACUGCAUCUAUUGCACAACAAAAGAGUGAAAUGCGUUUGGCUAUUGAAACACUUAUUUCAUAUAUAAUUAGUCAAAUAUUGAUUUAUAUAUAUUAUGUUACUCCAUUUUAUGUAUAUUCAAUUAGCUCAAAGAAAUUUCGAGGUGAUUUCGUUCGCUUCAUUCGUUGUCAAUCAAUGCUCUAA